AUCUGCUCGGAAAUCAUCCUGGCCAACUCCGUCCUCUUGAGCUGUAGCAGAUUAUGGCAUCUUCUUUUGCUAGCGCGAGAAAGUGAGCCCGGAAAAGGAAAGAGGGGGCGGGUCACCCCGAAAGAAUAAAUAAAUAAACACCGGCUACUCGCCGCAGCCGGACGCCGGUCAGUUCAGUCCAGGUUGGUGGCAUCUAGAGUUUUCUCAUUCCACUUGAGCACCCGUCCAGCUCCAGCCACCCCUUUCCAUCUUGCUGGCAUUCUCCAACUUUGGGGCCAGGGGGGCGCUAGUGGUGCGGGGCUGCACCUGCUGGGGCAUGCAGAUGCUGCGGGCUAGCUCGCUCUCCCCGGGCAGCGGUGUGGAUGCGCAGGAGUUCGGACGCUGGGCAAGUGCGUGUGAGGCACCCAUGUCUGGGAAGGAGCCCAGGGUGCGCGUCGGGUAGGGAUAGAGGCAGAAGCCGGGUUAACAGCUCCAGGCGGGAUGUCAGUUUCUUCUUGCAGGACUGCCUGGGGAGAAGAGGCUCGCCCGGGGACUGGGGUGUCGGCGACGGAGGUGGCGAUUGGUGGUCGGGGUGCAGAGGGCCAGGGGCAGGGGAGCUAGAACGCUGGAGAUCGAGCCAGCCAGUGGUCGGGCAGGAGCCAGGAACGGCGGCCAACUUCCCGGAGCAGGGUCUCGGUCCAGCUGGGGCUGGCUAAGGAGCUUUCGCCGCCCGCCGAGGCUCCAACUCCGGGCAGCGCCAGCUUGCUUCCGGUGCUUGCUCGGGGAAAGUAAUGCUUAUUUAUUUGCUUGCGUUCAGCCUCUUGGGUUGUGCGGGAUAGCCCCGGGCUCUGGACGUUGGGAACCUCUCCAGCCCCAAACCGCGGGUUCCGGAGCCUCCCCACGCCCGGAAUAUACGCACUCGCACCUCCCGCUCUCCGACCCGAGUGGGGGUUGCGUCGGAACUGAACCCCUAAAAGCGGGCCCGCCUCCCGCCCUCCCGCCCGCCCGGGGCUGAGUCGCUGGCGGUGGUGGGCAGCAGAGCGACGGGGAGUUUCUCUCGCCCUGGAUGGAGCUGAACUUAGAGUGGCCAGAGCAGCGCGGUCGCCCGAGGAUCGCUGCACGCUGAGCUCUCCCUGCGAGACCCAGCGGCGGCUUUGGAUUUUGGGGGGCGGGGACCAGCUGCGCGCCGGCACCAUGUUCCUGGCCACUCUGUACUUCGCGCUGCCACUUCUGGAUUUGCUUCUGUCGGCCGAGAUGAGUGUUGGGGACCGGCUGGACUGUGUGAAAGCCAGCGAUCAGUGCCUGAAGGAACAGAGCUGCAGCACCAAGUACCGCACGCUAAGGCAGUGCGUGGCGGGCAAGGAAACCAACUUCAGCCUGGCAUCCGGUCUCGAGGCCAAGGACGAGUGCCGCAGCGCCAUGGAGGCCCUGAAGCAAAAGUCUCUCUACAACUGCCGCUGCAAACGGGGCAUGAAGAAGGAGAAGAAUUGUCUACGCAUCUAUUGGAGCAUGUACCAGAGCCUACAGGGAAAUGAUCUACUGGAAGAUUCCCCAUAUGAGCCAGUUAACAGCAGGUUGUCAGAUAUAUUCCGGGCAGUCCCGUUCAUAUCAGAUGUUUUCCAGCAAGUGGAGCACAUUUCCAAAGGGAACAACUGCCUGGAUGCGGCCAAGGCCUGCAACCUGGAUGACACCUGCAAGAAGUACAGGUCUGCCUACAUCACCCCGUGCACCACCAGCAUGUCCAACGAGGUCUGCAACCGCCGCAAGUGCCACAAGGCCCUCAGGCAGUUCUUCGACAAGGUCCCGGCCAAGCACAGCUACGGGAUGCUCUUCUGCUCCUGCAGGGACAUCGCCUGCACUGAGCGGCGGCGACAGACGAUCGUGCCCGUGUGCUCCUACGAGGAGCAACGAGACAAGCCCAACUGCCUGAAUCUGCAGGACUCCUGCAAGACAAACUACAUCUGCAGAUCUCGCCUUGCAGAUUUUUUUACCAACUGCCAGCCAGAGUCAAGGUCUGUUAGCAGCUGUCUUAAGGAGAACUACGCAGACUGUCUCCUGGCCUACUCAGGACUGAUUGGCACAGUCAUGACCCCCAACUACAUAGACUCCAGCAGCCUCAGUGUGGCCCCGUGGUGUGACUGUAGCAACAGCGGCAACGACCUGGAAGAGUGCUUGAAGUUCCUGAAUUUUUUUAAGGACAACACCUGUCUCAAAAACGCAAUUCAAGCCUUUGGCAAUGGCUCAGAUGUGACCAUGUGGCAGCCAGCCGUGCCAGCACAGACCCCUACUGCCACCACUACCACUGCCUUCCGGGUCAAGAACAAGCCUCUGGGGCCAGCAGGGUCUGAGAAUGAAAUCCCCACACACGUCCUGCCACCUUGUGCAAACCUUCAGGCACAGAAGCUGAAAUCCAAUGUUUCGGGCAGUACGCAUCUCUGUCUUGCUGAUCAUGAUUUCGGAAAGGAUGGUCUCGCUGGUGCCUCCAGCCACAUAACCCCAAAAUCAAUGGCUGCUCCUCCCAGUUGCCGUCUGAGCUCACUGCCGGUGCUGGUGGUCAUCAGUCUGUCCACCCUACUAUCUGUAUCCUUGGCAGAAACAUCGUAGCUGCGUUCAGAAAAGACAAGAGAGAAGAGAGAGAAACAAAACAAACAAACAAACAAAAACCAAGUAACCUGUUUCCUGUCCUCUUGUAUAUCUAAAAAUCCAGUUUUAAAACCUCGGUCCAGAAACAGUUUCAUCCAA